AUGACAUUGUUGCUUCGAGAGGCUGCCCCGCUGCUCGGCGGCCGCCGCGUCGUCUCCGGCUCCGUGGGCAAGGAGCACCUGCGCGACAUCGAGAAGAUGUCGGAGCAGCACGCGCUCUGCAUCGACGCGACGCGCGUCGCGCCCGCGCACCUGAAGAGCCGGGGCAACCAGGUCGACCGCAUGAUGGACCAGCUCGGCAAGGCCGUCAUCAACUGGACGGAGGUGCUGGCCCUCGUGGAGCCCACGGCGGCGAUCACGCCGACGACGACCCACUUCGAGAACAUCGACGCGACGCGCGUCGCGCCCGCGCACCUGAAGAGCCGGGGCAACCAGGUCGACCGCAUGAUGGACCAGCUCGGCAAGGCCGUCAUCAACUGGACGGAGGUGCUGGCCCUCGUGGAGCCCACGGCGGCGAUCACGCCGACGACGACCCACUUCGAGAACAAGACCAUCGGCUGGAUCGAGGAGUACGAGCAGAAGAUCAAGGACCUCGACGAGUCCUUCCGCGGGUCCAACGUCUUCUCCAUGGAGGUGGGCCACGACGACGCGCUCAAGAUGCUCGACACGAACGAGAAGGUGUUCGUCGAGGAGACGAAGAUCUUCGAGAAGAACGCGCACCUCUGCGUGGUCUUCGAGUUCCCGGAGAAGAUCAACACGUCGCAGGAGAUCCUGCAGACCAUGCAGAAGACCGUGGUCUUGAUGCGCGCGGCCUGGGGCGUGUCCGAGGACAUCACGUGCUUCAUCACGGACGCCAAGGCGCUGCUCUGGCGCGAGCUCGAGGACUCGGAGGACGGCGCGAAGGCGGAGACGAAGAAGCUCAGCGGCAAGGCCUACAUGAUCGAGCUCCGGCGCGACGGCACUCCCGACUACGAUUACAGGGGCCUCUCGGAGAGCGAGGGCGCCGGGGCGGCGCCCGAGGCCGAGGCGGCGGCGCGGGACGGCGCGUCGGCGCGGGACGACGCGUAG